GUAAAAUCAGGAAGGAUGCAGGAGGUUUGGUGUUUCCAAUAGUUACCACAGCAAGAGAGUCAAAAUGGACUAUAUCGUAAAAAUUCGCUUUUUGGGCUACAUUUACGGUUAGGCGUAAGGUUAGCAGUGUGGUUAAGGUUAGGUUUAAAAUCAGAUUUUAAGAAGAAAAAUUGUAGAAAUGGGCGGGGUGUAGCCGUAAUUAUGACUUUGUGGUUGUGGUAACUAGUGACGAUCAGAGGCUUAAUGUUCAGCCAGAGAUACUCCUUUCUCUACUUUCUCAAAUAUCUCUGGGACAGUUUAUCUGUGACAAAAUGUCGAUGACUACUCUGCAGAAGGUUACUCUGAUUUCCUGCUCUGUCCUCUGUGUUUCGUUAUUCCUUCCCAAAAUGCUUUUACCGAGAGGGAAGAAGGAUGUAGGGCAGCCCGAGGUUGGUCCUGGGUAUUAUCCUCCCAUGAUGCAUCGCCUACAGAUGCCAGAGGAGGGCCUCGGACAGUGGAUGGAGGGGAGUCAUGACUCUGGGCCCCACAGCCCUGAGGUCUUGGCUAAAGUCAAAGGCAUGGGCACACUUCAGAUCCGAGGAGCCACUAAAUCCAAUCUGAUCAGCCAGGCCAUUCCCAUCUACGGAUUUGGAAUCCUACUCUACAUCCUCUUCAUCAUAUUCAAGAUGACAACUAGGCCUAAAGGAAAAAGUACUAAACUGGUAUGCCGAUUUCCUACAAUGUCAUCUGAAGCUUGGCAGAAGAAGAGGACAGAUGAUGAGCUGGCCCAGCUUCAGGAGAAGCUGCUGGAGACAGAGAGGGUGAUGGAGAGGAUUGUCUCCAGAAGGAGCAGCACUCCUGACAGAUUUGAUGCAACUCGAAGGAAAGCAUGUACAUGUAAAAGCCUCCUAUUUUACACAGAGAUUGGGGCCACCAUCCAUGGAAGCAGGACUAGCAGCAAGGUUAGAAGAGCAUCCAAGCAGGAGGAGAAGUUACUGCGGAAGCUGAGUAAGAUCAGCCGGGUGAUGCAGGAGGUACGACUGAUGGAGGGGGCUACACCUGAGAUGGAGGCUGAGAUGGUGCCCUACACAGCUGACUGGGAGGGCUACCCUGAGGAGACCUACCCCCAGUAUGAGGAGCCCGGUGGCAGACGCAGCGGCAGUUAUGACCCCAUCACCAUCCUGGAGGAGCCUGCUGCUGACUCAGAGAUACCCACUGCUGAGGCCCUGGCUGAGGAGGUGGUGGAUGAGGAGGAGGAUGAUGUAGAGGAGGAGGAGGAGGAGCUGCAGCUCUGGCUGCCCCCACCUCCUGAAGGAGAAUUGGAAGAAAAGGGUAGUAGUCCCAGCAGAGUAAAAAAGCAAAUCAGAUUCAGCGACCACAAAGAUGUGUUUCACUACCCUAAGCAGGAUACGGUCUAUGAAUAUAGGUAUGAAGAGGUGAAAGAGGAGGAGGAAGAGGAGAAGGAAGAAGAGGAUGAGGAAGGGGAGGAAGAGGAGGAGGAAGAGGAGCAAGUGGAUGAGACAGAGGAAGAAGUAGGUGAUGAAGAAGACCCACUGAUGGAGGCCGAGGCUCUCAGUUUUAGUUGUGACGUCUGUAGUAAUCCAGAGGCAGAAGCAGAAGAAGAGAUGGAAGAAGAAGAGUACAUUCUUCUGUCUCAGUCUGAAGAGACAGACAGCUUCACCCCACCAGAUAUGGCUGGGAAGCUGGGAGUUGGGAGUUUUCUCAGGAUGAGGAACAGGAGAGAGACAUAGUGGGCAGAGUCAAUAAGGAAACUAACUCAUCCUAAACUAGCCUCCCUAGCCCUUUGACCUUACUGAAUGUUUUGAAUAUUCCCAAGAAUGUACCUCUCCUUAUGCAAAUCCCUGUUUUCUAUCCUGUCUCCUUGCGUCCCAAGACAAGAUGCUGCUCACUGGGUGAAUUUUGUGAUCCUAACUAGACUACCUAAUACCCUAAUAUUCAUGCUGCUUUAAAGGAAACCAUUUACCUACAAUUCACCAUGUCCUUUGAUGACAGACAAACUAUCUGACUCUAACCUUAUUCCAAUAUGUCAGUCAAGCAUUGUAGAGACCCUGGUAUCCUCUGGGAUAGAUUGUAAACAGAGAGAGCAGGGACCCACAUGAAUGAUCUACCUCUGUUUACUCAUUUAAGUCCAGCUUUUGUAUCUCAAAUCUAUUAAAAGUGGACAUUCUAUUAAAAGGUAAUAUCAUUUUUUUAAAUAAAAAUUCAAACCAGCAACUAUUAAGGCCAGAAUGUAUUCGUAAUAAAAAAUGAAUUGUCCAUGA